AUGACGGAGUCCAUACCUUCCAUAGGCUCCAGAGGUACCUCAUCUACUGCAUCAUUGUACAAAUUUACUUCCAAUAAUCUCUAUCCUGAUGAUAUUUCAACAAAACCUGUGUAUGAAAUAGACCCGUGCAACAUCGGACAAUCAAGUCCAGUAUCAAGAGCCUCAAUGAAUUCUGGGAUAUCAACUACAACAAGAAAGGAUGGUAUUGAUGGGAAAAGAAUAAAACAUAAGACAGCGUCUCAUCCUUCAAAGAAUUUAUUGAAUACUUUGACCCAUAAUCAACUAAAACGAUUAUAUGAAUCUCAAUCUUCAAAUGGUCAUGUAUCCCCAUACACUUAUUACCCUUAUUCUCCUUCUCGUUCCCAAUCAAAUCUUUCCUAUCCAGAUUCUCCUAACUAUCCUCCAAUGACAUUACGUGAAAAAAUGAAACUUUUAAACGAUGAACAUCAUUUCCCUUCAAAGGAAAAAUCUAGCGAUUCAUUCCACAACCCCAAAGACUAUAACUCUUCAUCUUCAUCAAUUUCAGACUUAUUUAAUGACUUAAAUUCAGAGAAUCAAGAAGGAGAAAUACUAGAAAACGAAAAUGAGUCUUAUGCUGAUGAUGAUGAUGAUGACAACGAUGCCCAUUCGUCAAUACCUAAUAACGAACUAUUUACAGCGUACGCAUUUGAAGAUGAUUAUGUAGCUUUUGCCAAUAGCAAUAAGAAUCCCAUCACUUCUGAACUUCAUAUUGACCAUUUUUCAAGUGGUAACACUAGUCAUCUUGAUAACAAUAUUACUCUCCAUGAAAUCGAUAGUAACGCAAGUACCAUGGGUGAUGAUAUCUCCUACCUAAGCCAUUUGAAAAAUAUACCACCAAAAACAUGA